GUACACGUCACUCUUUCCUGCAAAAGCGCGCGAAUAUGUUUACUGAAACCGGAAAUUCGAGCUUUGGAUAUUUUUCGCGAAUUUUACAGUGCUGUGGUUUGUGAAUCAGGGAUGGACUGAAGGGAUUUGGAGUUGCAAGAACCGAAUUGGAACACUAUAAGUAGGCCCGUUGCAUCGGCAGCAUGGCUCGCAAGAAGGGCACAUGAUGGCGCGCAAUGGCGCCCUACUGAUUCUGGCCGCCGUGGUGGGCCUCGCUCUUGCCCAAGACAACAAAUGCCCUAGCCUCGCCCUGAACCCCUCUUGUCCUUGCUUCAAUUUCGAAGAUGGGAUUUUUCUGGAAUGUCCCGCUGCCACUGCCAACUCCCUCCGAGCGGUUGUCCAGAUCGUCUCUGGACCCAUCCAGUCGCUCAGCAUCUACGAUCUGGAUCGCACCGUCACCAAACUCUCAUCCGACUUUUUCCCAGAAGGUUCAAUCAUCAAACAUUUACAAAUCUCACAGAGCAACUUGGUGGAAAUCCAGGAUGAUUGUCUGACAACUAUCAAACCCGAACUGGAGAGUUUGAGUCUAGUCUCGGGGAAAUUGGGGGAAAUCCCCCAAAAGGCGUUCGGGGGGUUGGUGAAAUUAAUCGCGCUUGAUUUGGAGUCGAAUGAAAUAAGCGACUUACCGAGUUAUAGUUUCUAUGGGUUGAGGUUGGUCAAGUUGAAUUUGAAAGGGAACCAAAUUGGGAAAGUGUCAGAAUAUGGGUUUGCGGGACUUGAGGAUACGUUAAGUGAGCUGGAUUUGGCGGAAAAUAAGUUGGUCAGUUUUCCUAUGACUUCGUUUCGGAGAUUGGAGAGGUUGAAACUAUUGAGGUUGUCCUGGAAUGAGAUUAGUUUUAUCCCAAAUGAUGGUUAUUCGAGACUAGAGUCGUUGCAGUUUUUAGAUUUGAGUUCUAAUAAUUUUGAAAAGUUGGGCGAGGAUUGUUUCCGACCAUGUCCUUCCGUCCAAACUUUGUCUCUUUAUUACAACGUGAUAGAAUCAGUGCAUCCUGACACUUUCGUGUCUUUAACCAAAUUAGAAUCUCUGGAUUUGAGUCACAACAAAAUCGUUUUCUUGGACUCUUCCACUUUCCAAACGAACAAAAAACUGCGUUCGAUCGACUUGAGCCACAACCACGUCCAUUAUAUAAGUGGCGUUUUUGCGUUUCUUCCCGACUUGAAGGAACUCUUCCUGUCGGAAAACAACAUCUUGGAAAUCCCUUCAGACGCAUUCACCGAUUCGUCAAAUUUAUCAGUGAUUUAUCUACAACAGAACGCAAUUCGUCGCAUCGAUCCUGAGUCUCUUUCCACUCUCCAAAACCUCGCUCAGUUGCAUUUAAGUUCGAACUUUGUGCCACACAUUCCUCGCGAUUUGUUUCACCAAAACCACAAUCUCACAUCUUUGAGUCUUGACUCAAACUGGAUAUCGGACUUGGAACCGGGAACUUUCGAUAAAACAAUCAGCUUGAGGGAAAUUCGCUUGCACAACAACCGCCUCCAGAGUGUACACCGCGGUGUGUUUGAUCCCCUCCCCUCUUUGUUAGAGUUGCAUUUGCAAAACAACGAGAUCGCGACGAUCGACUCGGGGGCUUUCCGCACACUCCAAAGUCUACAACAUGUUAAUUUACAAGGGAAUGUUAUUUCGGAGCUGGGAGACGUGUUCAUGCACGAGUCGCCGUCGCUGGUCUCGAUCCAGCUAGACUCGAAUAGCAUCACGAGGUUGCAUAACGACUCGUUAAGGGGCCAAUCCAGCGUCCAGAUUAUGUGGCUGGGACACAAUAGACUCAAGAGAUUAGACAGUGCCCUAUUCCGAGACCUUCUACUAAUACAAAGAGUGUAUUUGACGAACAACAGCAUCGCUUUCAUCGAGGACCACGCAUUCGAGCCGAUGCAAGCGUUGAAAUUCCUCGAUUUGGGGUUAAACCAACUGAAGGAAAUCACAACACGGACUUUUGCCGAGUUGCACGAACUAGAAGAACUGUUUUUAGCCCACAAUAACAUCGCAAUGAUCGAAUCCCGGGCUUUGACGAAUUUGAAAAAAUUGCGAAUUUUGGACCUCUCCUUCAACCACUUGACUCAACUGCAUGAUGAUAUUUUUCAGGAAGGGCUACCGAUACGUGUUUUAAAUUUAAUGAAUUGCUCGAUUAGUGAAAUUGAACAAGGGGCAUUUCGCGGUCUCAAUAACCUGAACGAAUUAAAUUUAAAUUCGAAUGAAUUGACUUCACGCGAUUUGAAUCAUUUGGACAUUCCCGGAUUGAGGGUUCUAAAAGUGUCGAAUAAUAAUUUCAGUGAUUUGUUUGCAAAUGCGCUAAAUGGUUUACCCUCGUUGCAAGUGAUACAAUUGGAGGGUUGUGAGGUGGUAAAACUCCCCAAAGAAAUAUUUUGGAAGAAUAAAAACCUUCUUAAAAUCGAUCUGAGUCACAAUUUUAUCGACGAACUUCCGCAUGGAAUUUUUCUCAAUUUGAAUGUUUUCAAAGAAUUGAAAUUGAGUUCGAAUGCGUUCAAGGAACUCCCUUAUACGGCGCUGUUGAAUAUAUCAACAAUGGAAAUUUUAUCUCUCUCUUUUAACCAAAUGACAUCUGUGGAUAUCUCGCGACUAAACGGUUUGCCAAAUUUGAAAGAGUUAGAUUUGAGGAAUAACCAAAUCUCCUCACUGUCGGGUUUUGCAUCCUCGAAUCUGACUCAAGUCCUUAGUGUGGACUUGAGUGGUAAUUCUUUAUCGGCCUUGCCUGCCAACUUCUUCCACCAUUCGCCUCUAAUGCGUCGGAUGGACUUAUCAAAUAACCGAUUUCGACAGAUUCCAAACUCGGCUCUCUCCGAGAACACCCUCCCCGGUUUGGCUUGGUUAAAUCUAACCGGAAAUCCUCUGGUUCGCAUCCACGACAUUGCAUCGUCUCACCGCUACCCUUCCCUCGAGGAAAUCCACAUCAGUCAUACCAACCUUACCAUUGUAACGAGUAAAGAUUUCGAGAAUUUUCCCGAUUUGUUGCAUGUGUAUUUGGGUUUUAACCGGAUUUUGCGGAUUUCCCCGGGCGCUUUUGGGAGUUUGCCCCAUUUGUUGACCCUCGAUUUGGGGGUCAACGAGUUGGAAUUGUUGCCUCAGGAGCGUCUGCAAGGUUUAAACCAUUUGAGGAUCCUCAAUUUGACCCAUAAUAGACUCAAGGAGCUUGAGGAGUUUCCGACAGAUUUGAGGUCGUUGCAAGUGUUGGAUAUUUCGUUCAAUCAGAUCGGCAGGAUAAGUAAAGUGACGUUUCAACAUUUGGAAAAUUUAGCCGAGUUGUUUUUGUACGGGAAUUGGAUCACGUCGGUGUCUAAUGAGGCUUUCAGGCCGUUGAAAAAAUUGCGAACUUUGGAUUUGAGUAGGAACUAUCUUGAAAAUAUUCCUUUGAAUGCUUUCAGACCGCUUGAAACACAAAUAAGAAGUUUAAGGACGGAAGAGAAUCCGCUUUCGUGUAGCUGUGACUCACAGGAGUUGUGGGAGUGGCUCAGGGAUCACCAAAAACUUGUCGAGAGGACAAAUACGUUGGAAUUACGUUGCGAACAUCCCCCUGAAUUGAGAGGAAGAGUUUUCUUAGAGUUGGAUCCGGAGCAAUUUUGCGAUCAACCGUUAGUUGUCAAACUUGGCAUACAAGACAUACAACCGUUUUCAGUGCUGGUGUCGUGGCAGAGUCGAAAUCAUUCCGGAUUACACGGAUAUCAAGUCGUUUACUACUCGAUCGACAUGGUAGAUGAGAUCCGCGGCCGCCUCCUGGACCGCUCCUCCCGCUCGAUGAAGCUCUCGAAGCUCUACCCCGGCACUCGCUACCUCAUCUGCGUCCUAGCCCUCGGCAACUGGGCCCACCGUCGCGAAACGGCGGAAUCGCGUUUGGCCCGCCGCCCUGACAACUCCUCUCACCAACUGGAAGUCUUCAGCGACUCCAUGCUGCCGCUCCUCGUCGACUCCCCAACCAGCAAGUGUGCCGAGGUGAGCACACUCUUGGCCCCCGACAGCGUCCACGUGGGGCUCGGGGGCGCCGAACACGGCGUCCAGUCCAUCCUCACGCGGCGAUUGGGGCUCAUCAUCGGGUGCUGCAUGGGGUUCGUGGUGUUCAUUGUCCUUGUCUCGGUGCUGGGGUACCUCAAGGUAAAGAAGCAGAGACAGGCCAUCAAGAGGGAUCAGCCCAUUCCGCCGGAGUAUAUCUCCUAUAGGCAUUUCUCGAUCCAGAGUGGCGAAGCGGGGCAUGGGGGGCAUCCGCACUUUAUUACCAACAUGAACACGACGCAGAUUAACUAAUCAUAUCAGUGGUUCGGACGCUCGGAGAGUGGUAGUGAUAAUCAGGAUAAUGGGGAGGUUCUUCCGGGGUAUUAGAGUGGACUAAGGGGUGGAGAAUGAAAGUUCUUGCAUUUUUCACGAGGAUUUUAGUGGAGAGGAGUUCAAAAUAAAAUCGCAAACUUUUGCGACAAUUUUUAUUUUUUAUUAGCUAAAAAUACAAGGUGUGAUAAAGAUUGUCAAAUAUUUAAGGAGGUAAUAGUAUGACCAAAAUAAACAAAAAAGCCUUUUAACAAACAAAAUGUUUUACUAGAAGCUUCUCUUUUUUCUUAGAACAGAUUGCAAAUAAAUCUUUUAACCGUUACU